AACCUUACUGUAAAGUGUUGCUGAGAAAUGUAUUUAAAAAAAAAAAAAAUUCUAUUAUUAUAUAAAAUGCUUUUAAUUAUUUAUUUUAACCCCCAGAAAAAAAGUGGAAAAUGUCAAUAUCGUAUAUUAGUCAUGGCCACAAAAAUGCACUUGUGGCUCUGGUGAGGAACUCUUUUCUCCCGGAACGCUUGAAUACUGCUGUGUUUUGAGGGGGAUUGCGUGUCAGUCGGAACGGUCCCCCUGUUGAUUGAGUGACGUGUGCAGUGGGGAAAUGGAAGCAGCCCUGUCAGCCCUGCCAUGGGUACCAGUUAGUAUCGGUGGUUUUGAUCUGCUGGCCAAAGCCUGGUUCGGUGACACACAGUAUUGGGUUCUGCUAAGUGAUCUGAGCAGUGUGUGGGAAGAGGAGAUGAAUGCAGACGACAUCCAGAGUCGAGCACAGGAUCUGAAUAAGCGUCUCAGGGCUCCCACACAGGCUUUUUUCACUCAUCUGUGCUCAGUGGCACGGCCUUGCUUCUCCAGCCAAGAUGAUGAACAGACAUCUGCUGCACACGUGUCCCUUGAACGUCACGGUGACAAUUUAACAAUCAGACUUAAAAGUGAGCUGGCCAGGUUGCCGUUCUACUGGGAGUUCCGCUGCACUCCAACACCUGUAGCCAUGGUGUGCAGGCAGCUGGUGCGCCCCCUCCUUGCAGCCAGCAGAGUUUUGCAGCGGCAAGUGGAGGAUUUGGCCGCUCUUCUGAUUAGGAAGGAUGCAGAGAUACAGGACUAUCAGGACAAUGGAGCUGUGCUCAGUAGAGCCAGACUGCAAACGGAGCCAUUUGAGGUGCACCGAUACAGGGAAUACUUCUUCACACAGACUAUUCCACAGAUGGGUGUGCUGCUGGACAGUUUGGAUUUUGACUCAGAGUUACAGGCCCUGUAUGUGGCCGUGAGCUCGGGGAACACUGCGCAGAAACGUAAACACUCUCCUGACAGCAGCCCCACUGCCGAGGACAACCACGUCCCUGAUCAUCAACAAACCAGUGAUGUUCCCAAAGGUGUGGGGUCCUCAUUGGCUUCUCAAGAACAAAUUGAUGUCAAAAGACCAUCAGGAAGAACUCAGAAAGCUGACAGUGAACAGCGUUGUAAGGACAAGCUGAAUUCUCUGGCCAUCUCGGUGAUGAACCUGUGGCCAGGUGUGCGUCUGCGUGUGACAGAGGGUUGGGAUGAAGACGGCCAUCACUCUGAAGAGUCUUUGCAUUAUGAGGGCAGGGCGGUGGACAUCACUACCUCUGAUCGUGACCGCAACAAGUACGCCAUGCUGGCCCGUCUGGCAGUGGAGUCCGGGUUUGACUGGGUCUACUACGAGUCCAAAGGCCACAUACACUGCAGUGUCAAAUCAGAUCGUUAUGCAAGUCAUCUGUCCCUGUCAUGAUCAGAUGGGACUGCAAAGCAUUUAUAUCUAUUUAAUCUAUAAUGUAUAUUGUGAUGUAUAUAUUGUAAUUUGUACAAAAACUCGAAGCCAAAAUCUAAAGAGGCAAGAUUAGUGGCAGUGCCAUUCAGUUCAGAAGGCGCUCCUUCAUCAACAUCCCAAUGAAGAGGUAUAGUAGAUACUGACCUAGGCUUGGUAGCACACAUUAGCCAAACACUCUGAGGAUGCCAAACUAAUCUUAUACACCAGCUCAACCAAUCCUUGAGAAAGAAGCCAUUGGAUCAACCAAUGACAAAGUUGAAGGCCAGAGGUAUAUGUGAUGGGAAAAUGUUGCUUUAACAGUAUAUCAGCUAGUCAGAACUGUUAUGUCAAAUUGUUAGAACAAAGGCUGAUAUAAGAAGGGUCUGUCUAUACAAGGCACGCCCACUACAUGUUACGCUCCCCCUUUCAAAUAAACAGCGAAAAUGCUGGAGUCUUGCAGCAGUUGGAUUCACAUUCAUACACUGUGCUUGUUGUGUUUAUUUGGAGUCCCGUAGCAACCCUACACCUAUACCUAUCCCAACCCCUAAACCGAACCCUAACCACAAAGAUUUUUUUUAAAAAUUGUAAAAUUAUGAAAUAUACUGCAACGUAAAUGUUAUAUUCAAUACAAUCAAAUUGCCGUAUCACUUGGUGAUGACAGUGAGGAGAAACUUGAUGAAAACGAAGAGAAGAAAAUGCUAAGCUAAAAGGCUAACCGGUUAGCUUGUAAGCUAACUGGAGAAAACAAAACAGAGAAAUGUUCAAUUUCACCAUUUAUAUCUUCAGUUUAAUAAUAUAAUUCUUUGUAAUACUUACAUAGUUAAGACAACAUGAAUUAUACAGCAAUUACAUAGGAUUUUAAAAGUUCUUUCAGCCAGUAGAAUCGCCUAAUGAUCCAAGGGUGGCGUUACGUUUUGAGGGACACAGACAGACGUCAGUCAAGAUGUCAAUUUGUAGUCUAAUUCAGAAUGCUAAAUCGCUUUGGGUUCCCUCACAAAUUUUCUAGUCGGUUUUGAAAAUAGCAGUUUUCGAUAUAGGAGUAAAAUAAGGUCUGUGUUUGUCAUUACUUGAAGAGACUUUUCCGUUUUGUUCUACAACAUAAAUUACACACAGUCAUACCUCAAACGUGAAUUUUAAACAGUUUUUCAAUGAAUUACAUAUAAUUUCCCAAGCAUGUAAAGUUGAUACUAGCUUGAUGAAUGACAGGUAAUUUGCCUGACUUUAUUUUUCUCAUAAUUCGAAAACCAUAGACCUCACAGUAGCACCAUCUUUGAUUUUUUGGGAAUGAAAUCGAGGCUCUGAGGGAUAGACUUACCUGUCUCUUCAAUGACAUGCACUGUAUAAAGCUAUCAAAAAGCUCCUAGAUAACAUUUCAUUUUCCACAACUCAUGUUGGCUGGAGUUUUUUGUCUACUGAAAUUUCUUGGAAAGUUUCGUCAGCAGAACGAUCCAAAAACACUUUAAACAACUGUACAACCCAUUGAAGAGACUGUAAGUCUAUCCCUCACAGCCUUGUUGUCAUUUCCGUCAAAAAUCAAAGAUGGUGCUGCUGUGAAUAAGGUCUAUUAUUCCAAAAACCUGAGAAAUUCUUGAGGGAACCCAUGGCUCGAAAAUGCUAAGACUCUUCUAUGUUUUAGUACUACAAACUAUUGUAGUAUAUUUUCUUUUUGAUCCAAUAUCCAAUUACUAUCAAGGUGAACAUUACCAAUACCGAUACCGAUACCUCUAUUAAAUGGAUGUUUUUUUGCCGAUUUCUGAGAAUAAAAUGUUAUAUUUCCAUUUUUUUUAAAUUCAUAAGCCUAAACUGCAAUUUAUCAGACAUCUGUAUUGUUUAUCAUUUAUUAACAACAACAGAACAUUUUUAAUCUUUAAAAGGGUUUUAAUUUAAAUUAAUUUAUAUCAAACGAGUGCUGUGACUGAGCGCUGACUGCGAUCACUUGUUUCUUUCAGCAUGCCUGCUCAUUCAGAUGAGCAGAAGGAAAAAUAUGUCUGAUUUAUUGCAAUUAUUUGCUAAGAUCAUUAGUUAGUUUUCAUGGUAAAUAAAUAAUAAAAUCACUAGUUUAGUAAAAGACAUUAUUAUCUAUAUUUCUAUGUGAGUAUCCAUCAUCUUGAUACAACAUCAAUAUCGGAAGUAUCAAUACUUUAGGAUUGAUCUGCCCAUCACUACUACAGACUAAACAGCUCUAUACUGAUCAGGAUGGCUGCAUUGGAAAAAAGAGGCUUGGGAAUCCAUUCUUUUUUCCUUUUAGAAUAACGCAUUCAUUCCUUUCCUUUUCUUUCUUCAUCUUACAUUUCCUCCUGGCUCACUCUCCACCCAUUCCUCCAUAUCUCUGUCCAUCCCUCAGAUAACUCAGUAGCAGCAAAAACAGGAGGUUGCUUUCCUGGU